GGUAUAAAUAGUGACAUUUUUGUACAUUGAGGGAGUGAAAAACAUUCUGAUAAGAAAUUAGAGAGAUUGCUGGUUGGGCAAAUUGAUUGCGCGAAGAAGACAAAGCAGCUGCAUGAGUUGGUCCACUGGAGAUUGUACAUCCUCAUAGCAUUCUUAGUUACAGGAAUUGUUUCAUCCAGUUAUGCUACUCAAUACUGUUGCAUUACUAUUAGGAGUAGAGCUUAUCCUACUCUACUCUGGAUUGGCAGAUGGUGUUAUCACUAACUUUCAGUGCACUGAUGGGCCAGUAUGUGCAGGGGAUAGAAUAGAAUGCAGGUGCACAACAAAUACUGGUACUUUAGAAUGGUUCAUAAGUUACAGCCCAGUAGAACCUUUAAAAUGGAACCCAAUCCCAGUAGUUUCAUUUUUUAAAAACAGAACUAAGCCUGAAGGAUAUUAUGGUUAUAACUUCACGUUCAAUACGACUUAUACGGGUCUGAACACUUCAAUACUGACCUUUAAUCUUAAUCACUCUGAGAGUGUACUCAUUGAAUGUGCAAAUGGAAAUGAGAUUGAUAAGAUGAACACAACAGUUACUGAUUCAGGAUAUUAUGCAAAAGCUCCAACAAACAUAACAACAACAUUUACAAUAACAGGCGUUAUUUUACAAUGGGAGGACACUGAAAAUAAUUGUAAUUCUACUGAGUAUAACGUAACUCUUAAUGGUACAUCAACCGGUGUAUUGAUAUAUAAUACUAGUAACACAGUCAUAUUUAUAAACUUUAAUAAACUAAACAUAGCAGAAACCUAUACAUAUACUGUUAGAGGGUGGAAUGGACAGCAAAGUAACAUCAGUAGAUCAUUCACACUUGCUCCUGUUAAAGUGACAAGUGUCCAUAUAAAUACAACUAAUACUACUGAUCCUUGUAAGAAUAAUAGUUGCUGUGCUAAUGUUACACUGAAUAUAAUACUGGAAUCACCAGAUACAGGUUUGAAGCAUCCAAGCCAGUACCACAACAUAUCAUACAAUUCCAUUACUGGAAAUAUACCAAUAACAUAUGAAAUAAUAGAGUAUGGUGAAACAGUAUGGACUGGAUCAGGAUUUAAAUACAAUGAGGCCUAUUGCUUUACAGUCACACCAAUGAAUUAUUUCAGCACAGGAGAGCCAAUAAGUAAUGAUACAACUACUGAAUAUCAAUGUCAAUCACCAGGAAAUGGUGGUGAUAAUGGUGAUGAUAAACUAAGGAGCAAUAUAGGAUUGAUUGUAGGACUCGUUAUAGGAGUGGCCUCAAUAAUAGCCAUAAUUAUAUAGUCAUAAUCAAAAUAAUGCAGAAUAGGAUACAAAAAAGGAGGUUCAAAGAUAAGGAAACAAAUUGAUAGCAAACAAUGGCUGUGUAAAUUAUGUGAAUUAAUAAGCAAAAUUCCUUUUUGUUAGAAUAAAAAUAAUUGGAGGGUGUCACAAUAACUCAUAUGUAGUGUAAUUGGGUGGAUUGACACAUAGACAUCUAUGCAUGAAUUGACAAUAGAGAAUGAAAGUGGCUAAGCUCAGGAGCAGAGGAGCAAGAGUUAUUCGAGUCAUAUAAUAGGACUAUUGUGUAGCAAAGUAACAUGUGAUCCUCUUAUAAACAUUG